UAAAAAAUAUAAUAUAUAUAAUAAAUAAUUUGAUUAUUUUUCAGAUAAAUAUAAGAAGAAAAAAUAUAAUAAUAUAAACAAAAUAUAUAAAACCGUAUAAUACACCAUGAGCAAUCAAACACCACUGUCGGCGGAGUAUCCACUAACACUACAAGCAAUUGAUUUCUUUGAAAAACUUAGAGAUGAAUUAUUAAACGGCCCUCACCACCAAUAUAUAAGACGGAAUAGAAUUUGUGUAGGAUGUUUUAAACAACAUGUCAGAGAAGCGAACAGAAAAAUGAGUAUGCCGUUGAACCCUUACGUAUUAAACAGGGCAAUGAUACCUGUUACGGCGUUUAUACACGCGGUAAUAAAUCAACCGAACGCAGAGAGAUCGGUGUGUGUAGAAGUGGGGGAGAUACUACAAGAUGUUAUUGCUCGACGGAUUAUUUCGGUUAAUCACUUAUUCGAAGAAUAAAAAAAAAAAAAAACAAACAGGAAAAAA